UAGUAACCAAUCUGGGGACGCACAUCCGGGGAAGGGAUAGUGGGGACACGGUUAACGUGAUACAGUACUAAUAGCUCCACAGUACAUGGGCGUAAAUUAAGUAGGCAGAGUAUAAAGUGGACUGUUCACGAAACAACCAGACGCAUUCAUGGAUUUUGUCCAGCUAUGGGCGUUCCUCGUGGUCAUCUCGACCCUUACCGUCUGGGAAAUCCAUGCCAUAUCAAGACGACAGAAAAGGGACGAUUUGUUUUUUCGUCGCCUGGAAUCUUUAUCAAUCCGCGUUGAGAACAUCGAAGUGGACCUCCGCCGAGAACAGCGUAAAAGCGAAGCCUUACAAGCGGAAUUAAACGAACUUAAGAACAGAGUAACUACGAUCGAGGAGAAACCGAAAGGUCGUGGAGGGGUCGGAGAAUUGCCAGAUGCUGCCGUAAAGACACUGUCCGAUCUCGCGAGAAAAACGUUCCAGGUCGAUCUUGACGUGCUGAAAUCGGGCAUGAUAGCGGAAAAGCAGAGAGCCGUCCAAACAGACAAAGCUGUUGAAUUCUGUAAACUGUCUCUCAACAGGCAAUCCUCUCGUUUGGACAAUAUUGACCGAAACGUGAGUGAACUUGACGGUCGUCUGAGUAAUCUCAGUACAACCGUCAUGGCCGUGAACAAAAGCUGUAGUCAGUGCUCUACGCAUGCGUCAGGCAAAGGAAGCGAGACUAUAUCAGGAAAAUGCCCACUGUUUGAGCGCCUAGUAACAAGCAGGAAAACACUACGCAGCAUCGAUUUGGGACAACCGGUGUGUGAAAAGCAAAACUUCGUGUAUGCGUUCUAUGUUACUGUACAGAAGAUCAUGGAGCUACCGAACUCGGAAUCUCGGACAGCAGAGAUAACAAUUGGCACUGGGAUUAAAAUAGGUGAUCGACAGAUUCAUCGCAAUACUCGUGCCGUUGUAAGCUUAUCACGUGACUGUCCUUGGCCAGAUGUACAGAAAAGCAAGCACUACCUGAUUUUUACCGACCAAGCCCUGAAAGCACAUGGUCUAAGAAACCGGACCCCGAUGGCUCAAAUGGUAGAGCAUCCGAUUCAGGGGCGGUAG